AUGGCCGUCGCCACUUCUCAUCCCUCGCGCUCACUUCCAUAUGGCUCUUUGCUCACCGCCGUCCUCGAGUUCAUGUCAUUUGAUCUUUCCGACGUGAGGCCGAUGAAGUACCCCACCGCCAUUUCUACAGCUACCUUCUCCACACUUGGCUUUAAGAAAAAUCGUCAUGGCAUUUGGGUAAGAAAACAUGUGAUUGAUUCGCCCAGCGAGCAUGGUGAUGUCACUGACGACGCCGAGGAUGAUCCUAUGCCUUAUGAGCCGCCACCUCGAGCACCUUCUCCACCAGUUGAGCCGCCGCCACGAGCAUCUCCUCCACCCUUUGAGCCACCCCCUGCUGUGCCUCCGCCUUAUGCUCCUCCUCCUAUGGAUUUUCAAAACCAGACAGAUGUUUUCGGCAUCAAGGCAUACAUGGACUCUAUCUUUGGACCUUCUAGUGCCUUUUAUGCCGCGUAUGGACCCCACGUUGAUCGACCAUCCUCCUCCACUAUGCCUCCACCAGUUUCGCCUACGGAUCAUGAGGACGAUGAAGAGGAUGACGAUGAUGAUGAUGAUUAG